UAGCGCAUGCGUGGUGCUUCAUAGCGCAUGUCACGGCUGAAGGUAUUGUGUUUUUAUUAGCUAGCUGGAAGACCACCCUGUCCUUCCAUUAAGAUCUAAUUUAUCAGGCCCUAAAGUCAAAAUCAUGGGGGACGAACAAGAGAUCAUGUGCAAACUAGAAAACAUUAUGGAAAUACGGAAUAAGACGGUACAGAUGCAGAAGAUCAAGUCUCGUCUGAAGUCAGAGUUUGAGUCCCUAGAGUCUGAGGAGAAACAUCUGAAGGAAUACAAACAGGAGAUGGACCUCCUUCUGCAGGAGAAGAUGGCCCAUGUGGAGGAGCUACGACUCAUACAUGCUGAUAUCAACGUGAUGGAGAGCACUAUAAAGCAGUCGGAGAACGACCUGAACAAGCUGCUGGAGACGACGCGGAGGCUCCAUGAUGAGUACAAACCCCUGAAGGAACAUGUAGAUGCCCUGAGGAUGACCCUGGGCCUUCACAGACUGCCCAACCUCAACGAAGAGGAGGAGAAACUCUCUCUGGAUUACUUUGAGAAGCAGAAGGCUGAGUGGCAGAAGGAGCCUCAUGAGCCCACCAUCCCAGAAUCCCUUGCAGCAGCGGCUGCCGCGGCCCAACAGCUCCAGGUCUCCCGGAAACAAGAUGCCCGCCAGACCGCCACCUUCAGACAACAGCCUCCUCCCAUGAAGGUACACAGUACACACCCUCCUAUGAAGGCCUGUCUGUCAUGCCACCAACAGAUCCAUCGUAACGCUCCUAUCUGUCCACUGUGUAAGGCCAAGAGUCGCUCCCGCAACCCCAAGAAACCUAAGAGGAAGCCUGACGAGUAGACACACUCCUACUACCACCUCAUAUUGCUACAUUUCACAUCUGGAUCUCAGUAAAACGUGUCGUUAUAACCUUUCCCCGUGCCAUGGAACCUACAUUUUGUGUAAUCGUCAUUAUCCUAAGUGUUUUCUUUUUAAACAGUGCUUGAGUGUUGAAAUGUAAUUGUUAACCUUAAGGUUUAAUUGACCCUAACCAUGUUAUAUGCAAUAAUACACAAUAUUAUACUGUAACUGUACCCAUGUUGUGAUUGGUUCUGGCAUUAAAUGUAAAACGUACUGCAUUUACUUGUUACUCUGUAUUUAACAUGUUUGCAUUGCAUGAACACUUUCCAUGACUGAACUAUAAUGACUGUGUUGUAACUGUUUGUGAUAUGAAAGUGGGUUCAUUGUUGGACUGUAUAACCCAGGAAGUUGUUCUAAUGUUUACUAAAGGCAUAAUGGAUGGUCAAGGACUGAGAAAACCAUGAUGCUUAUUUGCUUUUAACAGUGUUGUAUGUGAAACUUGAAUACAAAAAUACAAAAAAUAAAAUGUAUUUUGUACUGCA